GCAACCCAGCCCUAGGUGCCCAGUCUCCAGGUGCCAAGGCAAACAGACCCAUCAUGAGCAACUUCCUCCCCCAUCUCUGCUCACCAUGUGGACGCUGAAAUGGUUCCUGUUCUUGCCUCUGUGCCUCUCCUGUGGCUGUGCCUUUAUGUUUUCUUCUCUGAGAGAUAAGGCCCAAGAUCCCCAGGGGAAGGUGCCUUGUGGAGGGCACUUUCGGAUCAGGCAGAAUCUACCAGAGCAUGCCCAAGGCUGGCUUGGGAGCAAAUGGCUCUGGCUUUUUUUUAUUGUUGUGCUGUAUGUGAUUCUAAAGUUUCGAGGAGAUAGUGAGAAGACUAAGGAGCAGACUCUUCCUGGCCUUCGAGGCUGCACGUUUCGCUCUCCAAUAAAGAAAAAUCAAAACGCUUCCCCCAGCAAAGACUACGCGUUCAAUACCUUAACCCAGCUCGAGAUGGACCUGGUGAAAUUUGUGUCCAAGGUGCGGAAUCUGAAAGUCGCCAUGGCAGCUGGCGGCAACCUCAAGCUCCCGCACCAGGAGGGGCCCACAGACCCGCACAAUAACAUUACGAUAUAUGAGAUUUGGGGAGAAGAGGACUCCGAAUGAGUGAGCUAGUGUGUAACUGUGGGAGGGAAGACGCUGCGUGUUGACAAACCAUAUUCAAACUAAUAAAACUAUUCUGAAGACCCGUUCUCAUUUUUGAAACUUGAAAAAAAUAAACGCGAGGCCGGU